UUAGUUUAAAUUUACAUUUAAAAUUAAAUAAAAAAUAAUUAAUACACAUGUUCAAUUUAACAAAAUACAUUAUUAUAAAGUGCUGUAGUAUGUGAAGUUAUUUACUGCGUGUGUCCUUUGUGUGUCCCCUUUUAUUUUAAGUUAUAAUUCGAAGAAAACAUUUUUGAGGUUAGGUAGUGUGUAGCUGUUCCCGGUUUUCUCCUAAAAACCAGACGAAAACAUGGAUAACGAUUUAGAUAGAUCGGUACGUUUUCUGGAAGACGCCCUCCGACCGACCGGAAGAGGCCUCUUCAAAACUCCAAACAAAAGUCGGCUGGAUAAAACACAGUAUGAUCAAGAUCUCAGUGUAACAAUGGCCCCAUACGAAAUACAAAAAAUAAUGCACCAAGGUUCCAAGUACAAUGAUACAAUGUCAUCGAUUUUGCUUGAUACCUCUGUUAGGGGUUCUGUGAUUCAAGGGAAUGCUCCCUGGAAAAAUGCCCUCGAAAGCUUGUACAUCGAGUUCUUUGAGGUGCUGCAAAGUCAUUCUGGGGGACAUGAUGUUCUGGAUGUUUUGUCUGAUUUGGCCAGGUGUGCAUCAGAUGCUCUUAAAGUUAUAGAUGGCUUGAAAUCUAAAGUCACUGUAACAUCUGCAGACAAAGAAAAAUGGCUGGAAAACGAGCGUAAUACUUGGAGGCUGUUGUUCAUUUUGUAUCAAGACCGCUUGCACACGCAAAACUUGAUGGAUGACGAUGAAACCAUUCAAUAUUUCGGAAAAUCCGAAAAAUACUGCGUCGAAAAUCUUUUCAAAAGAGACCCUCUGGUCCGCGAAAGUCAAUUAGUGAUAGACUGGCUGGAAAGCACCGAAGCCGAAAGGGACGACGAAAUCUUGCAUUUCUCAGAUGCAACAGUAGGUUGGGAGAAUACUUUGCAUCAACUCCAACUUCCCAACGCCAUUCCCUUUUCAUCCUCACGGCAAAUAGUCUCCAAAAUGGACCCGGACGCACCACAUUACGAAAACCGUCCGCUUCACGACGAAGAUGCCGAUGAUGAAGUGCGUUUAUGUCGCAGGAUAUUCCGUGAAAUUCGAUGCGGAAAACUGGAUCAAGCCCAAAGGUUGUGCCAACAAUCUGGGCAUUCAUGGAAAGCUGCGAUUUUCGAAGGCUGGCGUCUGUAUCACAAUCCUAACAUAAAGGAAGGUGACAAUGAAGUGGAGAGUGACAUCACUGACGUCGAUGAUGGAUUUGAGGACAUGCCUCCAGCUGAAAUCGAAGGCAACGCCAACAGGGAUAUUUGGAAAGCUAUGGCAAUCAAGUACUGCAAACAAGACUACCUAAGCCUAUAUGAUAAAGCAUCAAUAGGAGUUUUCUGCGGUUACAUCGACCCAAUACUAUCAGUGUGCAAAACUUGGGAAGACAAUCUGUGGGCGUACAUGAAAGGCAUCGUUGACAUUCGCGUCGAAUCCGAAGUUAGAGACUGUGUAGUCCGCAACAACAGCUACUCGCCCUUACCCGAGGAAUAUUGGAUCCAGAGGCGAUCUUUGAACGAAGUUUUCGACGCACUGGAGUCCUCCAAGAACCCGAUUGUUCGGGAUGAGGCUCGCAAAAGGGAUCACAUCAUCCAGAAGUACAUUAUUCUGGACGAGAUUCCAAAGUUGGUCAAUUAUUUGGAGGAUUGGGCGGAGAAUUCAAUGGUGGACACUCAAUUUUUGAGAUUUGCGGCGCAUUUGGUGUUGUUCUUGGAGCAGAUUGGACAGGCCAACAACAGACAGAGCGUGGAGAAAAUUGUGGAAGCUUAUAUAAGAAGAUUAACGGAAAUGAAUGAAACGCAGAUGGUGGCGUAUUAUGUAAGUAAAUUAAGCAAUGCUAGCCAGAUACAGUUGUAUGCAAUGUACUUGGAGAACAUCGUCGAUCCUGAAGAGAGGAAGACGUCGCUUAUUUACGCCGAAAACAGCGGCUUAAACAUAUUCGCCAUUACUAAACAAGUAGUGGAGAAUAUUAGAAGCAGACCUCUUGAAAUGGAAGAAUCUGAUAAUUUACAAGUAAAAGUGACAGAAUCGGAUAUUUUCAAGAUUGGCGCCUUAGAUUGGUUGAAUUUCUUUGAGCAGCAAAGAGCUGAGUUUUUAUUGCAAUGCAACGCUAUAGUAUUUGCAUUUCUUACUGUAGGUAAAGUGGAAUGUGCACAAAAAGCUAUGGAGAAGUUACCCCAUGAUAUUGUUGCAUCUUUGGUGCAUCAAGAAAAUGUUGACAAGGCAAUUAAAGAACAUUUGUCAUAUAAAGCUUAUUUGAGUGCAUGUGACGCUUUUAAUGAAUGGUUUUCUUUGAAAGGGAGUGCACCUUUACCACCAGAACCACUGCCAGAACACGCACCAUUUGUUGACAAGGUCGCUUAUCAGCAUAAAUGUAGUCAAUAUAAUGCAGAAUUUGAACGAUGGAAGAUGGGAUUGGCGCAGAUGGCUAAGAACGCCAAAACAGUUCUAUACAAUGUUUUGUUAUUCCCUGGAGGGUGGUUGUGUGACGUUGAGGCGAAAGAUGCUGAUUAUCUCCGUUCUGUCUGUAUACCAGAGAUUGUCUUAUUGUUAUGUUUAGUUUUGAAGGAAUCUAAUCAACAUGGAGAAUGUGUUCAAUUAGCUGAUAUAAUUGCUUCAGAGGAUCAUAAACUUUACCAGGUGUACUCCAAAGAAAAAUUAGGAGAUCUGCUAACCAAACUCUGCGAGAGUUCACUGACUUUGGUCAAAGCAAACAAAGAUCCAUUUGGUACUGAUGAUGAUUAGAAUUUGUAUUAUAUUUUUAUAUUUAUUAAUAAAAUGUGUUUCUUAAACA